UAUUAAAACUCUGAAAUGAAACCUAGAUCGCAAAAAACUCAAGGAAAACCCAAUGGAAAAGCACAAAAAGGUCCUGGUAAGGGAGCCCACCCUCAGAAGCCCUACUUCAAAAACAAAAACAAACAAAAGACAAAAGGGGAUAAGCCAAAUAAACCAAACAAGCCUGAGAUCAGGAACAUGAAACGCCAGGAGAAAGCUGCACAGGUUGCGGCGGAAAGAGAGAAGGUUCGGGCGGAACGGGAUGCCCGGGUAAAAGCCUACAAAAAACAACGUUUGGAAAGGACCAAAGCCAUCAGCAAGAGAACCCAACGUGGGCAGCCUUUAAUGAAGGACCGGAUGCAAUUGCUCCUGAAGCAAAUCGAGGAAAUGAAGCGUCGAUAAGUGAGUCUCAGGACCUAUUAAGAACACAAGGAACACUCUCCCAUAUUUUCAGUAGGGCUAAUAUUCCUAUUAAAGACAUUAGGUUCAGAGCACCUCUAGUCCAUCUUAAAUAAUGGUGGAAAAUUAUAUGAUAUUGGGAAGUGAUUAUUUUAAGAUUAGGUUUACUUUAUUUUUAAUUUAAAUAAAUUGUUUUCCAAAACCA